AUGCUAGUAGUGUCGCGGAAAAUUAAACCACCUCAGCCCGGUUCACGACCUCCCGAAGAUAUCCGCAUGAUGAGCAACAAUAAAAUUUCAGCAGAAUCAACUUCGCCAGAUAAAUUUGAUAGAGCAGCACGCAUCAAUGGUGCUAUCAGCAAUGAUUCAGAAAAUGAUGCAUACUUUCUCAUACUUUAUUUGGGAACGGCUAUUUUUGCCUACUCAGUGAAUGCUGAUAUUUUGCGUGAUAGUCUUAUUGAAAACGAUAUGUUUGAUUUAAUUGAAACAAAACAUUCAAAACAUCAUGAAAUGUUUCGACGUAAUCAUCUUACUGAACUUGGUCUUGGGGAUAAUAUUGAUGGUAAAUAA